AUGUGCCCCAAAAGCAACAUUGGUACUCAAGAACAGCGAUAUGAGACGAAACUUCGAAGGAGCUGCGAUGUCUGCUCCGCCGCCAAGAUCAAAUGCACACAAGAAAAGCCAUCUUGCGCCUAUUGUGCCAAGAAGUCCAAGUCAUGUGUCUAUCGUACUUCCAAGCGUGUGAGAAACAUCAUUUCCAAUGAAGAGAGGCGCAAAUCACGAAAGGAAAGACGGUCAGCUGUUAAAGCUGGAGCGUCUGCGGAGUCUUCAGACCACUUGCCGACUCCGGCUGAUUCGGUCAUAACACCAUCCACUGCUGUCCCAACCGAGACGAGUGAGUCGCAUGAGCAACAGUGGUCUGAGUGGUUUCCAUCAUCUCGAAUACCGAAGACUGCCGACUAUUUAUUGGAUCUUCCGGCUUUGCUAGAGUGGGAUCCAGCAUUGGGUCCAAUCUCGGGGCAUGAUGGAGCUGCUUCUGACUUGAUCAAAAACGAUCAAGGAUUGUCGUCUCAUAAAGAUCGGGCUGGUGAAGAUAGUACCCUUCAUAGUUGGGGCAACAACAGUAUCGAUAUCAGUGCCUUUGACCCCGGAACGGAAGUCGAAUGGAUGUCAUGCGACACCGGAUUCUCUUUGCCUGAGAGUCAAGUUGAGGCUUCAGUCACGAGUGUAGCUUCACAUGCAAUCACUCCAGCCCCGUGCCAUCACAGUCUCGGCUCACCAAGAGUCAUUAAUACUAUACCUACCGGCAGCUGUAACUGCACUAUCCGUGUUUUGAAGUUCUUGACAACGUUGUCAGUGGACCCUUCGGACAUCUGGACCGCAAGCUGCUCCUAUCUGGAGUAUUCCAGACUUCGAGACACAUACGAUGAAAUGGAAAGGUCAUUGGAAGAACUGGGAGGGAUAUUCCACUGUUCCUGUUCAACUGACAGCAACUUCAUCCUUCUCUCAUCACUGCUCAUUUCAAGGAUCCAGGCAUGGUAUGUCGCAGCUAUAAAUGCAACUGUUAUCAACGCCACUGGUGAUACUGAAACCUAUCGGUCUAUGCUACCUCCUACACUGACCGAUAUUGAAUGUCAGAGUGACAACGGGAAACGACUUAUGAUCCAACACUUCCUUUCGAAAUUCACGGCACUACAAAUCUUGAUUAGCCAGCUUUCCGAACAACUCAGAAACCACGACUCCUCCAAAUCGACAGGUAAGCAAGCCACGUCAGAUGACAGAAUAGACAUUAAUCCACUGCCCGUUUCACCGGUUGGUGGCCUAUUGAACGGUCUACAUGAACAAGUCCUUGGAGUCUCGAGAAAGUUGGUUAAAAGACUUCAACGCAUGUAA